CCCAGGCUGCAUCACUGCACAUAACGCUCUGCGCGCUCCCUGCUCAGCUCCUCUCUUCUCUCUGACACCGGGAGGCUGUGGAGAGAACAUCAACUGCGACAAUAACAACAACAACAACAAGGACACCAGCAGCACGGGAAGAGUGAAACAGGAGCAGCACUGGCCAUGAAGGGACGACAAAGACACGCAGAAACCCCUGAAGAGGAAACCACAGAGGACACGGCAGCAGCUAUGAGCAACACAGACCCACACCCUGAUCUCCACCCACCAGAUGCUUCUUCUUCUUCAUCAUCAUCUUCUCCGCCUCUUCCCCCCUUAGCCAUGCCCCCAUCUACAUCCUCCUCUGCUCUCCUGGCGUUGGCCUCCCCAGCCACCAGGCGCUCCAUCUCCAUGGGAGACUUCCGAAGGGUAACCGGGGCCCUGCAGGCAGGGUCCGAACCCCCAUCCACCUCCGCUACAGCCCCUUCCUCCAAGCUUGUCACCCCCAGCUCCAGCAUGGAAUUUGAGGCGGCCCGUCGUCGCCUCCUGGAGGUAGAGGAGCGCCAGCGUGUCAUCCACGAGAUGGAGCGGCGACUUGAGGAGCUGAGGGAGGUGUUUGUGCGCUCUGAGCAGGAGGUGGUGGUUCACGGGGAGCUGGUGUCCCGCAUCUCCGGGGCGGCCCAGCAGGGGGAGCUGUAUGUGGCAGAGAACAGCCAGCGACUUAAGAAAGGCCUGAGGUUCAAGAAACACCGGCCCACCAUUGUCUUCUCCUCCAUGCUUGGACUGCGCACGUGCCUCCCAUGGCCGGUGAAGCUCAAAUAAGACAGCAGAGGAAUGCAUUUCCACAGUGAUUUUUCCAACCAUUGCUUUACUGACACGCUUUACAUAUAAUGGGAGGAUAGAGCUCUUACUUUAGCAAUCACUCAUUGACAUGGCUGCUGUCCAGUUUCCACCUAUCUGCUCUUGUAUCCUGAGGCUGGUCCUCGGGGUCUUUAGAGUGCCUACUACAAUCACAACUGCUAGUAAGGAUCUGCCUGGUCAGCACAAAGACUCUAAUGGUGCAUCUCUGAGGAAAUUUUAGUUAGCAAACAUGUAUAAGAUGUCAUUAUGUCUUCAGUGUAUUCACCGAUACUCUGCUGCUUGCAGUUUUCUGUGUGUUUAGAGACCUGUGUGAAUAGGAGAGAUCCAUAAUUGAUGUAAGAACUGCUAUAUAAGGUUGCUGGAUGUUUUUUUUUUAUGUGAGUGGUGACAGUUUUUUUAACCAGAUUAUGCGGGAGGAGGGUGAAAGAUUGGCUGGUGAGGUAACGUGGUAAGAGAUUUUCUCUACACCUCUUGACUUAUGCAGAGAAGCACGAAACGCCUGGGAGGAUUACAUAACACUGACUGAUUCACAGGAGGAAGAGGAAGAGAGCGAGUGGGAGAGGAUGAAAAAAGAGGAAAAGAAAGAGAGGAAAGCACUGAACAAUGUGCCUCUCCAACCUGUUAAGACAGGAGCGAAGGCCAGCGGAGGAGACAGACAUGAUGGGGACGGCUGCAUUAUUAUGCAAAACCAAUAGGACAGAGAGAGGGCAAACACAUGAAAAGAUAGAAAGUCAGAAAGUGGGAGAAUACACAGAGGGGAAUUUAGGUGAAAUAUAUUGUUUAUGUGCCUUGGCUUCUCCGAGAACACUUGUCCACCCCGAAACACCCCAUGUUUUUGGCAGCGUGAGCCGGAUCUUCCUGGGUAGUUGUUACACAUUCCAAGCGAAGGACAAGAAAAACAAAGGGGGAGAGAGAAAGAAGGUGAGGGGUUCAUUGCUGGACGAUUCCACCUGUGGCCUCUUUUCAUUCAGUCACCUAGCAACCACUCUCCCGAUCCCCCUUUCUCUUCCAGAACCUUCAGAAUGUAUCCAGCAGAGCACUGUAACCACAGCACGACCGCAAAGUCUCCUGUACGCUCUGGAGGGUCUAGGAGCAACUUGGAUUUGUGCUGCAUUUACUUAAAAAUGAAUUCAAACUGGUUGUGUAGUAGAACAAUAUCACUGAUAGAAGCUUGCUGUUGACCCUGCUCAUUUAUGCGAUGCUUGGGGCUUUUGCACUUAGGUUAAGCCUUGCAUGCAUCAGCAAGGGAAGAAAAGGGAAGGACUACUGUUAGCGCCUCUUCAUCCAUUCGACCCUCCCUCGCUUCAGUAGAGUGUGUGUGUGCGUAGAAAGCACAGUCAGUACACAGUGGGGUGUCUAUUUUUGGCAAUCGAAGGUUAUGGCAGGGAGGUAGGCAUUCAAUCACAGCACAGCAUCGGUUGGAAAAGGCGUGCAUGGAAAUGUGAGUGCACUUUGGUAUCUAUCUGUGUGUGCUGCUUUCCAUGAGGACUGAAAGCAAGGUGCUCAGUUGUCAUCAAUGGCCUCACUGACGACUGUCUAGCUUUCCAUAAAUCAAUUUUUUUUUUUCUAAAUCAUCAGGUAGACAUAUAUUCCAAGUUUAAUGGCUUCUAAGCGGCAAAGGUUUGCAUGCUUGGAACCCAUCACUGCAUCAUUUGAGAUGUGCCCGGAAAGCCAAUAUAAGGAUUCGUCUCUGUCAUCUCAAGCGAAAUAGAAAUUGAUGUUUUGCUCUGAGACUGCGCUGCCUGUGUCAGGGAGCCUAUAGGCAAAGUAAGAGGUGACUUGAUGCAUGUGAAAUGAGAUGGUAAAGUAACAUGAUAGGGGUAAAUGCACGAGGUAGCUGAUGUAGGCUGCUGCGAAUCAAAUAGGUAGAUGCUCCCAGUUAGCUCUGGUUAUUUUUGCUUAUAAGUAAGUAUAAGGGCUUAAAGGGUAAUUUUUCUAAGCUUGUUGGGGAUACAGUUCACAUAUCAGACAGCGAUAGAUUUAGUUUCAAGUGUUAAGUCGGAUGACAUGCUCAGUUUAGUUCAGGGACCUUCAGCGUAGGUUUUACAGCGUAUGACACAAGACUUCAGAUAGCCAGAUGACCUUAUGAUUGAAUGUUGACUAACUCUUUAUAUAAGCAUUCAAUAUGGCCAUAGGAACUACUGCUUGCCAUCUGUGUGCAUAUCUAUACCAAACCAUAGUCAGCUGAGACAGUUGCUAACAGAAUACCUGUACUGAGUAAAGAGGUCUAGUUGGCCUUAAACAUGUAUUCAUGGUCCUAUGUAUAUAGCUAUUGUUAUAACCUAAUAUACUGUUGGCCUAUACGACACUUUUUCAUAAUGCCUUAUGCAAUGUUCGUGCAUUGGCAAUGAUGAUAAUGAUGGUGAUGAUGAUGAUGAUGUAAACUGGUAAACUCAUGACCAUCAUAGACCUCAUCCAGAAACAUUAUUAUCUGGGCUGGAAAAAAAAUAUUAUAAUAAUUGUGCACUGUUGUGGAACUGCACCUUUUUGUGUUUUUCUAUGAAUGAAGAAGAAGACUACAUUUCCCAAAGAUCUCUGGGCCCACUUGCAGAACGAAUGUAAUGUUUAUUGUGAAGUGUUUCUGUUUUUUUUUUUUUUUUUUUUUUUUUUCCUGAUCACUGAAUACACAGUGUAGUCUCAUCUACAUUGUUUGAACCUGUGGUUGGAAUAAAAUAAAAUAAAAAAAAAAAUCCCUUUAUAAAAUACGCAACAUAACCAUAGAAGAACACAGUCUACAAUCUGUGAAUAUGAAAUCCUCUUGUAUUCAUUUGCCGGUCCUUGUAAUUACAUUUAAGGGUCAAAUGAAUUCAACCGAUGACAGACAAAUGACUUGUGCUACAAGAGAUUUCAGUCCUCAAUUCCAAACCAAUAAAUGUGUUAUUGGGGGAUUAUAGCGGACUGGACAAGGCAAAUAAAAAAAAAAAAAAAAAAAAAAAAAAAAAAACUUGCAACCCUUUAUGGACACAAAUGCUGGCCAACCACAGGUCCAAAACAGCUUGUUCCUUUAUCCUUUAAAAAUCUUAAUAUAUUGUAUUUGUUUAUUUGUGAUGUGUGGUAUGGUAGAGUAACAUUCAUUUUCUGCUGGAAUAAGCACAGAAUCUUUUUUAUAUCAAGUGUUUAUCUUUAUUUUGAGGUAAAUCUUUAACACUAAAAAUGUUUUGUUGACCAAGACUUAUAGUAUUGUACUUUAAGUAUGAAUGUUAAGAAACUAUUUUAUUCAAAACUUGCAUAACAAUGAGAGCAGGUUUGGAGUCAGUUUGCUUUCCAUUCAAAAAGUAUCUUGAAACUAAUAAUUACCUAGCUGUAAUUCUAGAUAAUUUCUUCCAAAGUGGAUAUGAGGUCCUGUUCAUAGAAAAGAAUAUGAACUUGAACUGAAGUGGAUAUCAAAUUGCCCCCAAUCCUGCAUGAGAUACUAACAUUGCUUCUUAAAAGGCUUCUGCUUUCUGCUGUGCAGUGAAAGAAUGAAUGUUUGCUUAGGUUUAUGUGCAAAGACUUAUUUAAAACUUAUUUAAGUAAUUCUCUUAAUGGUAUCAUUUACUUGAGUGCAGCACUAAAGUGUACAAGACUAGUAAAUAUUUGAGGAUUGGUUUCAAUUUAAUAAUUUAGCAGGUUUUGUAAGAUAGGCAGAAUUAUUAGAAUAAACAGAGCACUGCCUGAAAUGGUA